GGUGCUUGCCUGGAUUAUCAAAAGCAUGACGUAAGUUGGUCAGAGCGUUCUCGCUGGCUUGUGUCUCGUCAGUCGUCUCCGGUCCCUUUUCAGCCUCCUGUCUCGUUUCUUAGAGAGGUCUUGAACGAGGAUGCAGCUGGUGCUCAGGAAGUUCAUUGUGUGUUAAGGUGAUGAUCCAGUCUUGGGUGGGUCUGUGAGUGGCAGGAGGCGGGGGGGGGAGGGCAUCGGCACUUCUCCUCCUCCCAAUGGGCAUGUCCUAUAAGGAAAACACCGGCGACAUCUCCCCAGUUCAUGGUGAUACUCUGAGCUCCAAUCUCCACCAGAUUUUCUGUUUAGAACAGGCCACAUGGCAGCCGCCGAGGGCUUUCCGGCAAGUUUUUAUGGUGAACCAGGAGUGCUUGGCCUUAUGGCUAAUGGGAUCAGUGCCUUCCUGGUGCUCCUGCAGAACUUCAGUGGGGCGCAGACUGGUGUUCCAGCUCAGGGGGUGGAACACAUCCUAGCAGGUGUUCAUCUGAUCCUCAUAGGCGGCGUGUGUCAAAUGGUGGCAGGCCUGCUGUCAUUCCGAAAGUAUGACCAUUUAAGCGGGACCGCCUUUGUUGGCUAUGCGGCACUCUGGGCCAGCUAUGGCGCUACCCGGAUUUUCCUUGGUUCCAGUGAACCUCAAAGCAACACUUCAGCUGCUGAAAAUUUUAGUUUGUCUUUGAAUAUGGGGUUGUUAUCGCCCCCUGUCAGGGAAUCUGCCAUUGCAGGUCUGAUUCCUUAUAUCAUCAUGUCCUUUAUCUUAGCUUUUUGCUCUGCCACUGUCAACUACAUCAUGCCUUUUGUAUUUGGUGCUAUCACGGCCACCCUGAUCUUUGAGGCAGUGGGGGUGGUGGGCAAAUGGGCCUUAGUGGUCUCCGGGGUUCUGGAGCUCCUCAUCCUGCUCUUUGCCAUUUAUGGGUCAGGUUCCCUGCUAAUUAAAGGCUUAGCUCAACGAUAUGUACUCAAGGGGUUUGGAAGUCCACUCUUCAACGUGCUCCUGCUUGGCACAGCCAAUGCCAAAACUGCCAAGAGCCUGGGUCAAGAGAAGAAAAAGAAUACCAAGUAUGCUGAGCCCAUGGCCCUGGGAUUCUUCUGUGACACCAUCUCGCCUUUCAUCUUUGCCUUCUACUGCUUCGGCUACAUAAAAUUCUUCACUGUUGCAGUUGCCUGGGUCUCCAUCAUCUCUGUAGCGCAGCUCCUCUCCAGCUACUAUGCCUACCUUCGGCAAGACUGCUACCAUCUGACAAAAUUUGGUCUUCAUUGCACUUACUGGCUGGUGAAGGCCUGGGAGGAAUUUGUGCUAUCUUCACUGAUGGGAAGGAUAGUGAGCACUGAGUCACGAGCAGCAAUGGUGGGUGACUGGUUCUUUGUGGCCUCUGCCAUUGUUCUAUGCAUGCUAUGUCUAAAUAUGGACACACUAGAGCUGGUACAUAAUGCAGGCUUCCUCCUACUCACCAUCUCCACUGUAUCCCAAAUCCCUCUUGAUGGGUACUACAUCUUCUUCGGGGUGGCGUGCUCCAUCUUUACCGUGAUUUCCCUCUACGGCACCUUCACCCGUCUGAUCAACACCAUUGCAGAGAAGUCACUGAUUCCAGUAGGACCUCAGCUGACUGAACACCUCCAAAAUACACUGGACUUUCUGAAGAGAAGCAAAGGCACAGAUGAACAUCAGAGUCCAUCCCAUCACAGUGUUGCAGACCUACCCGAUGCUCUGUUCUACAUUACCAAUGGCUUGGCAGCUAUGUCCGCCAUCCACAGUAUCUCAGUGGACCGAUCAUUCCUGCACCUAACUGUGCCCUGGGUGCUUAUUGCAGGAGCAAUCAUCCAGGUCUAUGUGAGCCGGUUACAAAUCUAUGGAGGCCGGCGCUUUGGCUCAGUCAUUCCCUCCUUCUAUGCAGCUAUCUGGGCUGCAUGGACAUGGUAUCGUUUUGCAGGUCCUCUGCUGGGUAUCACUUCUGAUGCUGCCUACGGCUUUACUGCUGGGGCGAUUGCCUUCCUUGUAGCAAAUGGAUUCUUAAUGCUUAUAGGUACCUACAGGAAUCUCGUUCUGCUUUCCACGACUACUGUGAUGGAGGUCAUCCUGGUGUGUUUCCUCCUUUCUACACUUGGCAGGCUGCCCUAUCAACUGGAAAUCGCCAUGCUGUCAGUGUUCUCCAUCGUAUGUUUUUACGGAGCUCUGUCCUCCCUCGUCAACUGCAUCUUCUCUGGAAACCUAUUGCCCGUUGGGCCCCCUGUCUUCAAGAAUGCGAAGAAAAUGGAAGCAGCACUGGAUCCUCCGUGCCCCCUGGCCGACUCUCGACUAACGAGUGGGCUGAUCAUAAUAGCUGAUCUUCUGGAUCAGAGUGGUGUGUGUGGCAUCCCGACUGACACUGUGUAUGCUCUGGCGGCCUCCUGCAAAAACCCUCAUGCCAUUGAAAAAAUCUACAACAUUAAGGACCGCCCAGCAGAAAAGCCCAUCUGUAUCUGCAUCUCCAAUGUGGAGCAGCUGGUAGCGGCCAAGCCACCCUUCAGCCCCCUGCUCUGGGAAUUCAUGAGAAAUGUUUACCCGGGAGGAAUCAGUUGUAUUGUUCCAAAAGGCGACUGGCUCUUCAAGCUGGGUCUUGGGCCAGCUUAUGACCGCGUUGGCACCAAUGACAGCAUCAUGAUCCGGGUGCCUGACCACACUGUGACAGGGCACCUGUGCAACAUUACCGGACCCCUGGCAAUCACAUCAGCCAAUCCCAGUGGUGAGCCUGACAGCACCCACCAUGAUAUGGUUAUCAACCGCUUAGGGCACAAGAUUCAAGGGGUCCUCUGUGAUGGAAAGUCCAACGAAGUAGUUGCAUCCACUGUGGUCAACUGCUUGAAAAUAGAUGAAGGUGACAUUACUAUCGUGCGAGAAGGAUGCACACCAGCAGCCAGGGUGAGGCAGGUUUUUGAGAAAGUUAAGAACAGCGUAGUGUGAGAAUCCUUGCUCCUAAUCACCCAGCUCAUAACACAUUAAUCCUCCCUGCCUACUGUCCUGUUCUUACAGUUCCAGUCAUUCGUUAAAGAAAAAAUCUAAUGAUUUUUUUGAAGGAAUGAUUUUUAUUUGUCCUGUAUUUCUGUACACAUGUAUUUUUGAGUCUAAAAUGUCAAUAUGACAAGAAGGAUGAACAUAUACACUGUAAUACAUUAGGUCCUGCUGCAUGUAAAGUUCAUUUUAUUAAUCAUUUUAAAUGUCUGAUUUAUGAUAGUAUUAUUAAUGCCAUUGCUUGCAUCAAAACCAUUUAAAUCUCUGUUGUGUUACCAACACACUUAUGUGAACCUAUGUAAAAACUAUGUAAAAUCUAUGUAAACGCAUACUUUAUUUUGUAAAUGUAAUGUUUGUUUUGUGCUUUGCUGUGCAUAACCAUGAAUAAAAAUAUA